CAUUUAGUGAUGUUGCAUUUUAUUUACCCCAACUCAUACAUACAAAUAAUCCUUUCACUCUCGAACUACUAAUGCAACCAAAGAGUCCUUCAUACUGCUUUGGAUUCUCCCUAUUUGUUUACCUUUAUUGAAUCGUUCCUUUCACUUUUCUGCCAACACUCUGCACUCUCUCUCUCUCCCUCUCUCCACCACACUAUCCCUCCAUAACUAGAAAAAAUAAAACCAUUCAUUACUCAGAACUAGAAAUAAUGACAAACUUUUCAUUCUUGGUCUACUUUGACAACGAGAACAAAAAUAUUAUUCAAUUUUGACUUCUUUUAUUUAUUUAUUUAUUAUCUGUAUAAUUUUUUUGAAAUUUUUGUCACAUUACAACUGGCAUGAGGAAUAUAUCUUAGUUAAGUUGCAUUUAAUUUUCCAACUUAUUUUUUUUGAGUUAGAUGGGGAAUGACUUCAACAACUGACAUGAUAUAUGCUUCCAUGGCUUCACUUAUUUCAUAUCAAAACUCAACCACUAUCCUAUUUUUACUUCACCUUCUGCUUCUUCCAGUUUCUUGCUUCUACCAAUCACAAUCUGCAAUUCCUCCAAGGGGAUUAUUAUUUGAGGAGAAAAACAGGUUAGGUUCAGCUCCACCUACAUGUCACAACAAGUGUAACCAAUGUCAUCCAUGCAUGGCUGUACAAGUUCCAAGCCAUGAACAUGCUCAACCAGGUCAUACUCAUAGUGCUGCUUCAAGUCCUGCCAUGGAAGGUGGUGGAUUCUUUCUACAAGAUAGUGGUAAUAACAGGUACUCAAAUUACAAGCCAUUGAGUUGGAAGUGCCACUGUGGUGGCCACUUUUUCAAUCCUUAGAAGAACUGCUUGCUUAUCUUUGAUUUCAUCAAUGGAAAAUAUUAUUGUAAAAUUGAAAAUCUUCCUUUUUUUCUUCUUUUGAUUUUGUUUAUUUUUAAUUUAUUGGACUAAAUUAUUGCGUCAGUAUAUUGGUUGUAUACAUUGGAGUUUGAUAUAAUUGUACAAAGUUUGUUACGGACCUGAAAUAUUAUCUCUCAUGUUAUUAGAAAUUAUUAAUUUGAUAGUUUAUGAA